AUGAACCACACUCUUACGACUAUUCAUCUACAUUCCAAACAGUUAUCUGAUACAGCGGCACAAGCGAUUGCUCAUGCGUUGACAGUAAAUCAAACUUUAACUAUACUAGACUUACGAAGUAAUCAGUUGUCGGAAACAGCAAUGGAAGCUACUGCCAGUGCCUUGAAAGUAAAUACGACAUUGACGACACUAAAUCUGACAAACAACGAACUGACUGAUAGAGCAAGUAAAGCAAUCGGUGAUGCAUUAAAGACUAAUUACACUCUUCGAACUCUAUCUCUUGGUUGCAAUCAACUCACUGACGCAGCCAGUGUGCCGAUUGCCGAUGCCUUAAAAGUCAAUCAGACUCUCUCAUCUCUUUAUCUUUAUUCGAAUACAUUAAUUGACAAAGGUGGUCAAGUACUUGCUGAUGUUCUGAAGACUAACUCAACUCUUCGUACACUUUGUCUUCAACCGCACGAACUUUCUCAAAAAGCAGUUGAAGAUCUAGCUGAUGCAUUAAAAGUCAAUAGUACUCUCGACAAACUCGAUCUGAAGUUCAACAAACUAUCUGCGAGUGGAGGAAAAGCAAUUGCAAAUGCAUUGAUAAUCAAUCGGACUCUCACUACAAUUGUUGAAGCAUUAGCAAUAAAUGCAACAUUGACUACUCUUGAUCUUGGUGGUAAUCAAGUGUCUGACACAGGUGCUUUAGCAAUCGCCAAUGUAUUAAAAGUCAAUCAGACUCUCACGUCAUUAGAACUUGAAAAUAUUGGUUUAUCUGACAAAGUCGCUAAAGUGAUAGCCGAAGCAUUGACAAUGAACAAAACAUUGACUCAGCUACAUCUUGCAUGUAAUAAUUUAUCUGAAAAAGGUGGUGAAGCCAUUGCUGACGCAUUAAAAACCAAUCGAAUUCUCACUCUACUAGAUCUUCGAGAAAAUCCGUUGUCAACGAAAGUUGGUGUAGCAAUUGCCAAUGCUUUGGAAAUUAAUCGAACACUGCAAACUCUUCGUCUGUCGAGCACUAAGUUUGAUGAUGAAGGCGGAACAGCAAUUGCAGAUGCAUUGCAAGUAAAUCAAACUCUUACUAGCCUUGAUCUUAAAUGUGAUCAAUUUUCGGAUAGAACAGGCGUGGCGAUCGCUGAUGCGCUAAAAAUCAAUCGAACACUCAUCUCAUUAGAGCUACGAGGGAACCAUCUAUCUCAUAAAACAGGUCUGGCAAUUGGUAAAGCACUGAAAGUUAAUCGAACACUUAGCUCAUUGUAUCUGUUCGGAGAAUAUUUAUCUUGUAAAACAAAUCAAGUUAUGGCAAGUGUUCUAAAAGUCAAUAACACUAUAACAAGUAUACGUCUGGGAUAUCGUGAACCAUCGAAGGAAGAACGUACAGCCAUCGGUAAUGCAAAAAUCGAUCGACUCGUCCGUCGUAUCAGUUCUCACAGUGAAAACAUCGAGAAUAUCUCGAGUUCUCAAGACGAUAAAAUAAUCAGUAAAGUUCUUACGACUCUUGAUCUGGAACAUAGUCGACUAUCGACGAAUGCAGCUGAAUCAGUUAUAGACGCACUCAAAGAUAACAGUGUUAUUACCACUCUCAAACUUGGAUAUAAUCGAUUAUCUACAGAAAGUGCUGAUGCAAUUACUCAAGUGCUAAAUAAUAAUCAAACUCUCACUUCCGUGACCUUUCGUGGUACAGAAGUUGAGCCAGAAAGAAGACAUGAUCCGUAUUAUGUAGAAAUGGAUCCAUCGAGUGAUUUAUCGGAGAAAGCUUGUGAUGCACUUGUUCAAGUCCUUGAAACGAAUCGUACUCUGACUAUUCUCAGUUUACAGUGUCAUCGAUUUUCUGAUCAAGCCAUCCAAGCGAUUGCAGAUUGGCUCCAAGUAAAUGUGAGUCUUACUUCAUUAGAAUUGCAAAAUAAUCAAUUAUCCGACUCAGCCCUUGAAACGAUCGCUGAUGCAUUGAAAACGAAUCGAACUCUUCUUUCUCUGGACUUGUGCAAUAAUCAAUUGUCAGAAAUAGCCAUCGAAACGCUCGCCAAUGCAUUAAAAGUUAAUAGAACACUGACAACACUCAAUUUAACACGAAAUAAACUCUUAGAUCGAGCAGGUGAAGCCAUUGCUCAAGCAAUAAUAGUCAAUCAAUCACUUACUUUCUUGAAUCUAAACACUACCAAACUAUCCAUCAAAGCAAGCCAAGCAAUAGCUGACGCAUUAAAAACAAAUCACACUCUUACUUCUCUUGAUCUUCAUUUUAAUCAACUAUCUGAUAGAAGUGUUGAAGCAAUUGCUGACGGAUUAAAAACUCUUAACUUGAAGAACAAUGGACUGUCUGAUGAUGCAGCAAAAUUAUUGGCUGAUACAUUAAAAAUAAAUCGAACUCUUACUACAUUGAAUCUUUCAUCCAAUCAACUACUUGACUAUGGUAUUGAGAUAAUUGCGGAUGCAUUGAAAAUGAAUCACACUCUAAUCAAUCUUGAGUAG